AUGGUCAAAAAAAGAAAUUCCGAAACGUGUAAAGAUAACAUUCCAACUUUCAAUUCACCAGGAAAUUCAGUGGAAGCCAAACAACAUUUCUUAGUUGGUGGUCGAUCUGUAUACUUAAAUACCGAGCUAACUUGUGAAUUAACAUACCAACCACAAAAAUCUUUAGACAGUGUUCAUUGUCGAGAAAUAUCCGCCACGCAAACAUGGCUUGAAGCGUUUUCGAUCAAACCAAUAACCUUCAGUGUACACACUCAACUAACUCUUAUUGAAAUGUCCGAGAAUAGAGACGUUCUUCCUUUAUUUGAAAGUAUAUCGAAAAAAGACUUCGAAAUUCUUGAAGACAAUGAAGGAAACCAAGUUCAGGAACCUAAUCAUUUCAGUAUGGAAGAAACAAUCAAAAAUCAAAGCUUUCUUAUGAUGGUAGUGAAUUCACCGGAUAGAUUAAAUAAUUUCAUCAAACAACUUCAACGUCUCACUUAUGAGGAACUAGUGGAAACGUACAGUGCAUGGGAGCAACUCGAUCAAUCGACUGACAUUAUAGAAUUUCUACAAAGCAUCAUUGCAGAAAUACAAACGGAGUCUUCGAUAAGGUUUGUCAUAAAGUAUCUUAUAAAAAGCAAAAGCUUAUCUGAACAACUGAAAUGGAUUUCUUCACUUGGGGUGGUCCAAAAUCCUACCUACCAGUUAAUAAAUGAGAUGAAGGACUUGUUGACCAAUUCAUUGUACAAUGAUACAGUUUACUUCGUCAGCUUACAUAUGCGAAGGUUUUGUGAAAGAAAUCCAUCAUGUAUAAAGUAUGGCGUAAUCAAAAAUAUGAUAGAUGUGAUUGAAAAUUCGCUGAACUCGUCGGAUCUCACAAAAUCCCUUAGAUCACUAGAAGCGCUUUCAAAUAUUGGUCCAUUUUUGCCGACUGCAAAGGUCAUUUCAAUUAUACGGAAAAAACUAUCCGAUCAUGAAAACAGACUUGAUUAUAAUUUUCGAAUACUCACUGCACAAAUUGUUUAUCACUUUAAGUGUGAUGAGAAUAUCGAUAUCUUGCUUUGGACCAUCAUUUCAAAUGCGUCUCAAUCAAAUGAACUACGAAUUGCAGUCUUCAAUUCAUAUAUUCGGUGUUUAGACGAUGUAAAAAUGGAAAAUAUUCUACUACUUUUAAGCAGAUCUCUGCAUAAUCAAAUUCGGUCAUACAUUAUAAAGCGAAUCAGACGAUUCGAUGAAGACAAAGGGUUACUACUUGGCAUUCAGAAUUCCAUUUAUUAUGAAUCACUUCAAAAAACUAAAUAUGGUUAUUUUCUAAUAGAAUCAUCACUUAUAUAUGAAGCCUACUCCGUUAUGCCUAUAGCUUUCAGCGCAAAAAUUCAAUAUCAAACAAUAGACAUAAUGAAGGACAUAAUUCAUGUUUACUAUCGAUGUGGGAGUGAAACGAUUUUUCAAAGAGCUGUAAUUAAACUGAUCAAACUAAUUGCAUUCUAUAUUCCUUCGAUGAAGCAAUAUACAGAGAGAGCUGAAAAGGAGAUAUUUUUAUUCAAACAUACAACAGAGCGAUGA